ACUUUUUAAUGGGAAAUUAGUGUGCAUCUCAGUGUUAAUGCCAAUAAUAAUUAAAAGAAUAAGUAGCCACUGAAAUUAUUGUAUGCCUACUUAUAAUUUUAGAUCGCCAAAUCAGAUCCAAACAGUUUAAAAAGCAAGAAGUCAAGUUCUAAAUAAAGCAUAAAACAAAAAUAUGUUAAAACUUAAUAAAAAGAAGCUAAAAAAGAAACUGAAACAGAAGAGCUUUAAAAUAAAGUAUAAAAGCAAAAUAAGGCAGCAAUUUAGAUUUAAAAAAGAUGGAGAGGCUAUUUAGUUAGAAAGAAGAAAACAUUAAAAAGUUCUGUAAAAAAAGAAUCUAAAAAGAAUUAUUUAAGAGAAUAAGUUGAGGCAAUUACUCUACCUAAAAACUCUUCAUAUGUAGAAUUAGAAAAUCGUCCUGCUUAUAAAUUUAAAAGUGGAGCAGUAUAUGAAGGAUAAUGGAGAGGUACAUAUAGAGAAGGAAUGGGUAUACAGAUUUGGUCAGAUGGAGCAAAAUAUGAAGGAGAAUGGAAACAAAGUCAUGCAAAUGGUAAAGGAAAGUUUUAUCAUGUUGAUGGAGAUACAUUUGAUGGUUAAUGGGAAAACGAUAAAGCAAAUGGAUAUGGAGUAUAUACACAUGCAAAUGGUUCUAAGUAUGAAGGAGAAUGGAAAAAUGAUUUAUAACAUGGUAAUGGUGUAGAAAGUUGGUUUGAUGGUUCAAAAUAUACAGGAGUAUAUUUUGAAGGUAAGAAAUAAGGAAAUGGUAAAUAUGAAUGGCCAGAUGGAUCAUUUUAUGAUGGAGAUUGGUACGAUAAUAAAAUAACAGGUUUUGGUACAUAUUUUUGGGCUGAUGGUAGAGGAUAUACUGGUUAAUGGUUGAAUAAUUGUAUGCAUGGUAAAGGAGUUUAUACAUGGAAGGAUGGUAGGAAAUAUGAAGGAGAAUAUAAACAAGAUCGUAAAGAUGGUUAUGGUGCAUAUACAUGGGCUGAUGGAAAGAAAUAUGAAGGUUAGUGGUAAGAUGGAAAAUAGCAUGGUAAAGGUAAAUAUAUCUUUCCUGAUGGAACAAUUAAGGAAGGUAUUUGGAAAGAUGGUAAAAAGGUCAAAGCUUUAGAUAAUAUAAGUGCAUUUUGA